AAGUUGACCCGCAGCACCCCGAAAGGACAUUCGAUCCGCCAGCGCCCUCCCUCCGCCGCACGAUUUCGCGUUUAACAGGCCGGAAACUCAUUGACCACCAUGCGAAUUGCGUCGGAGCCUCAUCAAUUCACGAAUAUCUCGUCGUGAUCUAUUGGGAAAAUGCCUUCCCGUGGCUGUGACUAUCGGCGCGUCAUUCACCCGGUUCCUACAGAUUCCCAUGGCCAUCUCGAGAUUUAUAACAACUGGCCGUAUUAGGCAGAUUGCUGAAUCCCUCAUCCCAAGUGCAAGGACACGGUGUCAUGAGAUAAACCAUGGUAGGAGAUUACCUCCAGUUGGAUUCUUUUACUUAGCACGCCAACUUCACUCACACACCAAUAUUCCCCAUGGACGGUUUACUAGGCUUAUAUUGGAUGAACUUAAAGGGAAAUUUUCUUUAAGUCUUGUGCGGAGAGGGAGUCAGUUACCAUAUAAGAAUUACAGGCUUUCCCACCAUGCCCAAAUUGCUUGGAGACGCCUAUACGAAAUAUGUUCAUACAAUGGAUCAUUUUUGCCACCCAUAAGUAGGGUAGCAUGUGCGGUAAGCCUUGCACUAUCUCGAUCGCAUUUGGUAGCACCUGGCCUUGUAGCCUUCAUUGUUGGAGAGCUAGCAUGGAACCAAAGAGGUUUUGCUCAGGCAGAGUAUCUACCUACAAAGGAUACUAUCUACUCGUGUGCGCAGGACGGGCAUAUUUACAUGACUUCAGUUGUGUUUUCUCUUUUAGAGGCACUGAUCCUUGUUCUGAGAGCUAUAUAUUUGGCGAUUUUGUUUUCUCCUUGCAUAUUGAUGGCUCCUUUUGCUGAUUCACUUGGAUUCGAGUUCAGGACGUCGUGGCUUCAAAUUGUCCGUGUAACAUUGGAAAAAGCUGGUCCAGCUUUUAUAAAAUGGGGUCAAUGGGCUGCAGCAAGGCCUGAUUUGUUCCCAAAUGAUCUGUGCAAUGAGCUUUCUGAGCUUCACACGAAAGCACCAGCUCAUAGCUAUAGCUAUACAAAAUACACUGUUGAAAAGGCAUUUGGCCGCAAGCUCACUGACAUUUUUGAAAAGUUCGAAGAGGAACCUGUUGCAUCUGGAAGUAUAGCUCAGAUUCAUCAAGCAACUCUGAAAUCUAAAUAUCCUCGACAGCGGACUAAGCCUAUUCUUGUUGCUGUAAAAGUCAGGCAUCCAGGCGUCGCAGAGGCAAUCCGUAGAGAUUUUAUGUUGAUCAAUGUAUUUGCAAAACUUUCGAAUUACAUCCCAGCAUUUAAAUGGUUAAGAUUGGAUGAAAGCCUACAACAGUUUGCUGUUUUCAUGAUGUCUCAAGUAGAUCUUGCAAGGGAGGCAGCUAAUUUGAGCAGAUUCAUCUACAAUUUCCGUAGUUGGAAGGAUGUCUCUUUUCCGAAGCCUCUAUAUCCUUUGGUACAUCCUGCUGUUCUAGUGGAAACUUAUGAGCAUGGAGAAAAUAUCCUACAUUACAUCGACAAGCUCGAAGCACACGAACAAAUGAGGACCACACUGGCUCAUAUAGGGACUCAUGCACUCCUAAAGAUGCUUCUGGUGGACAACUUCAUCCACGCAGAUAUGCAUCCCGGAAACAUUCUUGUCCGGGAAAAACAGAGCAAAACUUCAGGAAACUCUCUGUUCAAAUCAAAGCCCCAUGUUGUCUUCCUAGAUGUGGGUAUGACUGCUGAACUUACUAAAAAAGAUCGAGACAAUCUGGUGGAAUUCUUCAAGGCUGUGGCACUUCGUGAUGGCCGCACGGCUGCUGAGUGCACGCUGAAAUUGUCUAACAAACAAAGCUGCCCGUUUCCGGAGGAGUUCGUUCAGGCAAUGGAAGAUACCUUCAGGUUUUGGGGUUCUGAUGAAGGCGAAAUCGUUCAUCCUGCUGAUUGCAUGCAGCAAAUGCUCGAGCAAGUUAGGCGUCACAGAGUCAACAUCGAUGGCAAUAUUUGCACCGUGAUUGUUACCACCAUGGUGUUGGAGGGAUGGCAACGGAAGCUCGAUCCAGAUUACGACGUGAUGCACACCUUGCAAACGUUGCUUUUCAAAGUGGAUUGGGUGGAUUCUCUCUUCUACACCAUUGAAGGCAUCAUGGCUCCCUAAAGGUUUUCUGGUUUCGCCAUUUUUUCUGUUUUUACACGAUGAAAUAAAAAUAAUAAUAAUAAUAAUAAUAAUACAUGAUAGAGAAUCAUUUACUUAGUACUGCUUAGAGACAGUACAAAUUUGCAAAUAUCACAAAUGAUACGAUUAUUAGAUGAUUGAGAGAAGAUCCAUCAGAUCCCUGUUUCGAAAUUUCUUAGCAAAAAUGAAGGUGGAAAUUUUGAAAUACUUGCUAACUUGGUCGGAGCUGUCGGAAGCAUUUAAAAACGUAAUUGAAUGCAGCAUUGAUGAUGAUGCAAAGAAGAGAAUCAAAAUCAACCACCAUUAUCAUCGUCAUCAUCAUCAACGCUGCACUCAAUGAGGUUUUUAAGCUUUCAAUCUGCAGGCUGCAUUACCUUUUUGGUUUUGCUCAUUGCUCUUUGAUAUAUAUAUAUAUAUAUAUAUAU